AUGAGCAGCAAACCCCUUAUCCGCGAGCGCCAAGACAGACCGCCAUGGUACAUCUCUCCCAGCGACAUCACCGACCGUUCAGCCAACCCCAUCGGCCGUGGUGGGUUUGGUGAGGUGUUCACUGGCAACUACUUUGGCACCCAAGUCGCCAUCAAGCAACUUCUCGGCGCUCCAAACGACCGCGAGCUCGCCAGCUACCACCAUGAGAUUGGGGUUUGGCAGAAUCUCAGCCACCCCCAUGUUCUCCCCCUCCUCGGAGCCUGCGACAGGGGCGACGCCGGCGAAAAGAUCACUCCUUUCAUGGUCUCUCCGUUCAUGCCAAACGGCACGCUUCGUGACUAUGUGGCCAAUAGCAACAUUUCCCUCGAGGAGAAACUCAGUCUUCUGUACCAGGUUGCGUCGGCCCUGGCCUAUCUGCACGCCAGAAGAAUCAUCCACGGCGACCUCAAGGCAGCGAACGUCCUCUUGGACAGAUCCUUCCAGGCUGUCGUCACCGACUUUGGCUUAUCCAGAACCAAGCACACCUCAGCCUCGAUGAACCCCAAUCGAACCAACGGUCCCUCUGGAGGUACCGAGGGGUAUAUGGCUCCCGAGAUGCUCGACGACGAAAAUCCAUCUGGCACCACGAUGAAGACUGAUGUCUAUGCUUUCGCCAUCACCAUGUACGAGGUCCUGAAUAACGCCGAUCCGGUUUGGGUUUCCGCCGAUGGUCAAGCAUUGAGAAGCCGAGUGAUCGAGCGGAUGGUUUGCAAUGGCCGUCGACCUGCCCGAUUCGACGGCAUCCCCGAUCAGAUCUGGUCGCUCAUCGAAGCUUGCUGGCAUCAAGAUCCCGCCAUGCGUCCCACCUUCAGCAGUAUCAUCGUCUCUCUUGAU